GCCCGCUUCGGGAAUAAUAAAUAAGAUAGCAUCCAGUCCAGCAGGCCGAAUACUUUUGCCUGGAUUGGGGCGACGCCGAUAACACCCCGCCCGGCUACCGGCGCGUGUUAUCUUUAUGGGUGGAUCCAGUAGAUCCAGGAGGCGAAGGCCUGGUUUCCCACUUCAACUCCUGCCGCCAUCGCACAUGGGGAAAGAACAACAAGGAGUCACGCGACAAAUCGGCAGCUGAUCAAACAUAGCAUCGCGUAAGACGAUUCGGGGUCGUUAUCUUUGUCCUUCUCAAUCUACGGUACUAGGCCUCCGGGAUACCAAAAUCAUCCCAACACAUCCGAAAAUGGGACAUGCCGCGCGGUCAAGAGACGUGCAUCCGAGGACUCGGGCCAGGGAACUCCGCAGCAGGAGUGGGUGCUGGAAGUGUCGAGAGAGACGCGUAAAAUGCCCAGAACAGAGGCCCAUCUGCGGGCACUGCAAGCGACUGGGGUUCGUGUGCGCAUACGACGUGCGCCUAAGCUGGCAGACUGCCGUCACCCCCCAGGCCGGGCCCCGAGGACGGAAGGCCGAGCCGACAGUGGAGCACUGGAUGUUCCUCAACACGACCAUCUUCGACUUCAUCGAUGCCGCGUGUGCCGAUAGUGGUAUCUCCCUGUGGGAUGAUGUCUCUUUGUGCGACGUAUCAAGCGUCUCGCCCUCGACUCCGGCGAAUAGUACUACUACUAGCACUACCAUCCACGAUGAUAGCUCGCUUUCUUCUCCGUGUCCGAGCACGCCGUCACAGCAAAUACAGGUGCGCCCAACAACCCGGUAUGCCGGCGACACUACUAGUACUAGGGGCCACUGGGACUCGACGAGUCACAUUAGCCCCUACUAUUACCUAUCGCCGCUUUCCAUGGACAGCGAAGACAGCUAUCUCUGGGAGUACUUUGCCACGUGUGUCACGCCUCACUGCUCGCUUGACGAGACGACGAACCCGUACCAGAAUGUCAUCCUGAGGGUUGCCGCCUCGUCGCCCCAUGGGCCACUCUUCCAGUGCAUCCUGGGCGCUUCGGCCAACCAGCUCUACAACCUCGGCCACGCAUCGUUCGGAGCCAAGAGCUGGCAGUGCCGGGCCAACGCGCUGGCGUUGUUGACAAGGGGCGUGACGGACGAAGCAUGCCGGGCUGACAUGGAUUCGUCGUCGCGCUUGGAUCCCGACUCGGCAGCGCAGUUGAUCGGCUCGGCUGUCAUGCUCUGCUUCUCGGAGAUCCUGCAAGACUGCUCCCAGACGUGGACGGCCCAUGCCAGCUUCGCGCUAUCGUAUCUGCAGAAGUACGAGGCCGGGCUCGAGGACGUUGCGCCGGUCCUCCACGAGCUCGCACACUUUGCCGUCGCCUACUUCACAUACCACGUGGCCCUGGCCUCCACGGCCUCCAUGACGGCCGCCUCGCAAAGGCCGCCCCUCCUUCCCCUGCGGCGAGCUAUCACAACAAGCCACCACGAGUCCCACUCCAGGACAAGGACGACACUCCAGUCACUGACGGGCUGCUCAGACCGGCUGCUCGACCUGAUCUCGGCCAUCACUCAGCUGUCGCACGAAAGGGAGAGGCUGCACCCCCUGCCAGUGCCCGACUUCCAAUCCCGCCGCGACGACAUCGAGCGGGAACUCCAUGUCCUGCGUCAAGAUCAACCACUACUACCAGUAGAAAUAAUAACAACACAUUCAUCCCCGCCAGGCUCCGAACAGGGACAGGGGCAGGAACAGAGACAGUUCGACGAGGUCGCCGAGCUCAAGCGGCUUACCACGCUCCUGUACCUGUACGCGCGCCUCGACAACGCCGGGCCGCGGGAGCCGCACGUCAUGCGCCUCACGGCGGGGAUUCUCGGCAUGCUGCCGCACAUCUCGCUGCGGACCAACACCACCCUGUGGUCGCUGUUCAUGGUGGCUACCCUGGGUGUGAGGCCCGAGAGCGACGGGGACCGGAAGCUGGUCAUGGAGCGGCUGACGGCGCUGCAGAGGACCAGGGAGCUGGGAAAUGUGCGCAUGGCGAGGCUAGUCAUUGAGGAUGUCUGGAAGCGGAGGGAUCUCAGGCCCGAGUGUGCGAACGUGGGGUGGGGGGUGUUGAAGGGCCGGGAGGGGGCUAUUAGCUUGGCGUAGGGUACAGG